AUGUGGCUCAUCCAGCUGGCCAUUGAAUAUGGCGCGCCCAUCUUGUACGCUUCGAAUUCACAAAUAGAGCCAUUCGAGGAUUUUUGUACUAAUUCUGUUUCGCUGCGCAGCCUAAUCACAUCACCCCUCACCUCCUACCUCGACCAGAUCCUCAGCAUUCAUCGGAAUAGGAGUUCGGCGGGUUUCUCGCUGGACAUUCCAUUGAUUAUGCUUGUCGCGUCGAUCCUCAAGGUCUUCUACUGGUUUGGAGAGUACUACUCUGGCGCUUUGCUGGCGCAGGCCGUGGUGAUGAUCGCCGUUCAGGCGGCGCUCCUCAAAGUUGCGCUCGACAACCGACCGAAGGAUGCAGCCGAACAUGCCCCUUUCAGCGGCGUGAAAGAUGGCUUCCAGCGUCCGUACAAAUUCUGGCAGUGGCGUGAUACCAAGCCUUACUGGGCAUUUCUGGGCUACUUUGUCGCCGCGCUGACCGUGAUCCACCUUACCCCGAUCUCCAGCCUCAACACCUACAUCAGCCUGCUGGGCUGCAUUGGUCUCGCUGUCGAGGCCACCCUCCCGGUCCCCCAGAUCCUCGCCAACCACCGGUCGGGCUCGUGCAAGGGUUUCCGCCUGUCCGUCCUCGCAGCUUGGAUUAUUGGUGACAGCAUGAAGAUGAGCUACUUUUUCAUGAGUGCCGAGCCCAUCCCCUGGGCUUUCAAGCUGUGCGGUAUGUUCCAAUGCGUAUGCGACUGCUACUUGGGCAUCCAGUAUUGGAUGUUCACGCACGGCUCUGGCAAGGCUGCAGGCAGCUCCCAGGAGGACGAGGAGGAGAAGGAAAUUCGGCUGAACCGCAUCGGUUAA